AUGUCCCCUGCUCCUCCGAGACCGUCGUCACAGGCGGUCCAGCUUGGGACAGUCGUGCUUGACCUCGAUCCGGCCCAUCCCGCGGACGGCGUCGCAGACGGCUGGACGCCGCUCUCCCCUUCGACACCUUUACGAACGCAGUACUCGCUCUUCCCUCGGCCCCACAUCUCCAAUGAUGCUGCAUAUGCGAUAGACUCGCUCCACUGUGGCUACAGAUCAGACUUCGAUGGCGAAUCCAAGCUCCAGAACGGAAAGCUUGUGGUCCGGUGUUGGCUUACGCCAUCCGAUGUCGCUCAGACGAGCUGGCGGGAUCGGAAAGGUAUGCAAAACAGCUUUCCGCUUCGGAUCCUCUUCAAUCACUUGAGGACAUCAUGGGAUGACGGUGAUGGGGAGCUGCUACUGUCUCUGGGUCUGGAAGACGAUCAAACCAUGACGCAGCUAUAUGCUGCUGUACCAUCCCCUUCCGAACCGAGCUCGACGUCGUUUAGCGAAGAGUACGACGACGAGGUACAUCGCCGGAUGGACCGAUACGAGGAGCCAGAAGGGGUCACGACCACGCUGUAUCAAUAUCAACAUAUGUACCGGAUGGAGACGCAGCCUGAGAAAUAUGUCGACCCUCGCUGGACGGCCAUGCAGGAAGUCGGGCGGCCUGGGACGUACUAUAUCAACCUGGAUGCGGGGGACGUCCAGCGGAUGCCGAAUUGGUAUGACCUGCCCCGAGGGGGUAUCCUUAACGAGCAAAUGGGAGUCGGGAAAUCCCUCAUCUGCCUCUCCCUCAUCCUCGCAACUCUCAACCAACCUUGUCUACCCCCUCCGAACGCCGUCAACCCGUCGCGGGUCACUACGACCCAUCGAGAGCAGACAUACCCUUUCGACACAGACGAGAAGCUGCGCCGGAUCGCGUCCAUCCCUUCUUAUCACACUAGUCUAUCCUUCCCCUCCCUUGCCGACAUCUGCGUGGACAUUCUCGCGGUCCAUGAACCCGCCUCCGCUCAAUCAGCCGAGCUUUCGCUACACCUUCGAUCAGCUAUCGAGGGCCGCCGAACGCUAUACUACGAUAUGCCCCUGCCGGAUGACCAGCACAAGUGCGGGCGAGGAGCCAAGGCCAAGCCCAAGAGCGAGGCUGUACAGCGGAUAUACCUCGCCAAUACCACGCUACUGGUCUGUCCUGCUAUCCUCGUCAAGCAGUGGUUGAAGGAGAUCAGGGAUCAUCUGAAAGAUGGAAGCUUGAAGGUGCUGGAGGUGGCCUCGGAGCAGAUACCCCCUAUCGAGACGCUCAUGCAGUACGAUGUGGUGAUCAUGAGUGUGCAGCGCUUCGCGAGGGAGGAGAGAUUGCAUGGACCAGAGGCAAAUGGGGAGCCGUCCGUCUUGACUCAGGCUAGAUGGAAGAGGUUGAUCCUCGAUGAGGGUCAUAUCGCCGGAUCAAAAGUGACCAACUCCAUGCGUCUCGCGCAGCGGCUGAGCGUAGAGCGACGAUGGGCCGUCAGCGGGACGCCAACGAAGAACCUUCGACAAGGCACUGAGGCCGAGCCCGUCAGUCAAGCCCCUCGUCCGACAGGGCUCUCCAAGACUGUCACCAAGAUCAGCAAGGUCGGCAAAGGGAAGAAGGUGGUGAAGACUCAGGUGGAGGUGCAGAUCCACCCCCGAGCUUGGUCCAACCUAGAAAAAGACGAUCUCAACCGUAUCGGAGUGAUCAUUAGCGUCUUCCUCCAAGCUGAGCCGUUCAAGUCGGACGCCGGCUUUCAAGAGCGCAUCAGUAAACAUCUCGUUCGAGCAGAUGGCCCAAGUAUGGGCGCUGUGCGGCGGCUGAAACACCUUAUGUCCGCCCUCAUGGUGAAACACAGACCAAAUGAGGUGGAUAGGGAGAUCACAUUGCCGCCAUGUACCCGCUCGCCGGUUCUGCUGGAGUUCCACCCCAUGCAGCGGGUGACAUAUAAUGCGCUGGCAGGGUUGGCAGCUUCGAACGUAUACACCAGCGAGAAGGAUGACCCAGGCUGUUUCCUUCACCCCAAUAACGCCAAAUUUGCCAACCAGGUUAUCAAAAACCUUCGACUCGCCUGCUUUUGGUACAGCGCCAUCGACAUGGGCAUCGCUGCCUGCAUCCGCCGGACCGCCGAAUUUCUCAAAGCCCCUGAGGAGCCCCGAGUCCAGCUGCUCGAGGCUACACGAUUGCUUCAGUCCGCGCUGGAUUGGCCGGGAUGGGAGGAAUGCAUGCAGAACGGCGGUUCUGUGCCCUUUGAGGGCGGCGAUUUAUCCGAGGCGAUACUCGGCGCGUGGUCUCCCAGCCCAUUCAACCCCGACACGAUCGACACCCACUCUCUGCUCGUGCUGCGCGAAGCGAACCGCGGCCAGGUACCGGAGGACGACCUCGUCAACCAGGGUCUCGCUCGUCGAGUGGCCAAGGAGGCCGAGUUGGCAGAUGGCGAGUCGAAGGGGGUGGGCAAGAAGGCGGAAGGGAAUCUGCCUACGGAGGAGACCAUGUCCGCGGCGAAACAGGCCAAAGUCGUCUCUCACAAGUCGCCGACUCGCCGGACCAAGCGAGCACGCCCAGACGACGACGUCGACGGUCGACUCGCCGAAGCAGAGCGGAACGCCAUGGUCGCCCAGGUUCCUGACGGGCCUCGACCGCUCCCACAUACCAUAGAGACGGUGUCCAGAUCCGCCAAGGUCAACUUUGUCAUCCGCGCCAUCUUGGAGGCAGAUCGAUCAGACAAGUUUGUCAUCUUCGGCGAUCCGUCCGAGUUGGGUCACCUGACGGAAGCGUUAGACUUGUUUGAGGUCAAGUCGUGUUUUGCGGGAUACGGCAGUGGGAAGGGCCAGCGCGACCAAGCUCUCAUGGACUUCCAGCGGAGCGAAGUCAGGGUCUGCUUGCUGGAUCUACGCUUGGCUGCUCGUGGUCUUAACCUUGUUCUCGCCAAUCGCAUGAUCUUCCUCAGUCCAGUCUGGAGCCUUGAUACCCUCGAACAGGCAGUCAAGCGAUGCCAUCGGCUCGGUCAGACUCGUCCGACGCUCGUCCAGACUCUCAUUGUCAAGGAUACGAUCGAGGAGGACAUCGCCAACAGGGCGGCAACUCUGCGGACCGAGGCAGAAGAGAAGCUGUACUCGAGGGCGAUGCUCGAGAAACCACGCUUCGCCUACGCCGAGUCACUGCCGUCCGAGCGCUUCACGGUCGACCUCGUGCCAGCACUUCAAAGGGCGGACAGGAAAUCCACACCAGCAGAGCCGAGCAGCGAUCAGUCACCAAUAUCGCCUGAAGUCAGAACACCCGUCCAUCAUAUGGCAGCGGAAAAUGUAGUGGGUCAGGCCUCUACAGGCGUGGAUGAGGCGCAGCCGCAGAGGAAAAGACGGAGGGUGGCAUUUGUAUAG